GUAGCUUGCACCGUUGUCUAUGAACAACUACCUCUCACCUUCACAUUAUAUUUAUUUUCUUCCAUUUGCUAUGUUUUGAAACAUCUAAGAACUCCAUCCAUAUCAUACAUAUAUACCUUGCAACUUUCUCUUGAAGAAACUCAGACCCUUAUCAUAUUGUGUGAGAGAUACCCCAGGUUAAUUAUACUAAGGAGUUUGAGAUGGAAAUGGCUAAUGGAAACGGUUUCCAACUUAGUGUGAAGAAGCUAAGUGAACCAACUCUAGUUCCUCCUGCUGAAGAAACAAAGAAGGGUUUGUAUUUCCUAUCUAACCUUGACCAGAACAUUGCUGUGAUUGUGAGAACCGUUUACUGCUUCAAAACUGAUGAGAGGGGGAAUGAGAAGGCUGGGGAAGUGAUGAAGAAUGCUUUGAGGAAGGUUCUUGUCCACUAUUACCCUCUUGCUGGGAGGCUUACUAUAAGCUCAGAGGGUAAACUCAUAGUGGAUUGCACAGGUGAAGGUGCCUUGUUUGUGGAGGCUGAGGCAAACUGUUCCAUGGAAGAGAUUGGUGACAUCACAAAGCCUGACCCUGGGACUCUUGGUAUGCUUGUUUAUGACAUUCCUGAAGCAAAACACAUUCUUCAGAUGCCUCCUUUGGUUGCUCAGGUGACCAAGUUCAAAUGUGGAGGCUUUGCACUUGGGCUGUGCAUGAACCACUGCAUGUUUGAUGGAAUUGGUGCAAUGGAAUUUGUGAACUCUUGGGGAGAAGCAGCCAGAGACUUGCCACUCUCAAUCCCUCCAGUGCUAGACAGAAGCAUGCUCAAGGCAAGAAACCCUCCAAAGAUAGAGCACCUGCACCAAGAAUUUGCUGACAUUGAAGACAAGUCCAGCACCAACAGCUUAUAUGUAGAAGAUGAGAUGGUCUACAGAUCCUUCUGCUUUGAACCUGAGAGGCUAAAGCAGCUGAAGAUGAAGGCCAUGGAAGAUGGAGCACUAGAGAAAUGCACAACAUUUGAAGUCCUCUCAGCAUUUGUGUGGAUAGCAAGAACCAAGGCACUUAAGUUGCUGCCAGACCAACAAACAAAGCUUCUUUUUGCUGUUGAUGGGAGGGCCAAGUUCAAUCCCCCUCUCCCAAAAGGGUACUUUGGGAAUGGAAUUGUGCUAACAAAUUCUGUGUGCCAAGCUGGUGAGCUAACAGAAAAGCCCUUCUCAUUUGGUGUGAGGCUCAUCCAAGAUGCAAUCAAGAUGGUCACAGACAGUUACAUGAGAUCAGCUAUUGAUUACUUUGAGGUGACAAGAGCAAGGCCUUCUCUUGCUUGCACCCUUCUCAUCACAACUUGGUCUAGGCUUUCCUUUCACACCACUGAUUUUGGAUGGGGUGACCCUGUUCUGUCAGGGCCAGUGUCACUGCCAGAGAAGGAAGUGAUUCUGUUCCUCUCUCAUGGACAAGAGAGGAGGAACAUCAAUGUGCUUCUUGGUUUGCCUGCUCCUGUCAUGAAGAUUUUCCAAGAUUUGAUGCAGAUGUAAUUAGGGUCAUACAUAUAUUAUAUCUUAUGUGAUUAUUUUUCUAAGCUUAUUAUUAUUAUUAUUAUUAUUAUUAUUAUUAUUAGUCUGUUGUUUCCUGGAAGAAAAAGAAAGAGUACUUAUUCUGUUUAUGAAUUUGUUGGUGCUAAUCAAUAAUUGAAGCCUUAUAUUUUGUUGGUGAAUUUAAUUUACAUGGAAAAGUUUCUUCACUUGAAGAAACAUUUGGGUGCUUUA